AAACGCACUUUCCCACUUUUAUAUCUUGCACGCAUCCAUAUACCAGAGAGUUUUAGAAACCAUCUUCGUACAAAAAAAAAAAAACACCCCACAAAGAAGAAGAGGAAGAAGAAGAACCACAAAAACAAGAAGAAGGAAAAGUACAGAUCUUUUGUAAAAGAUUACAACAGAUAUUGAGGAAGUUGUAAAAGAUUUUUGUUGUUUCGUUUGGUUUUGUCUGCUUUUUCUGUUCGGUUGUUGUUGUGGUGUGGGUCUAGGCAAACUGGAGAGAUUUGGGUUUCUGGGUUCGUCGGUGUUAUUACUGUUCUUCGUCCUCCUCUGCUUCAUUCUGGAUCUGAAUCUGAAUCUGAAUCCUUCAGGUUUCUGCAAUGCCCCUACCCUUUGAAGAGUUUCAAGGGAAGGGGGUUUCAGAUUUCUCUUCGUCGUCGUCUUCUUCCUGCUCUGAGCCACUGUCCUCGCUUCUCCGUUGCCGGGAAAUUACAACCGCCGCCGCCGAUUUGUGUUAUGCCGGUGGCUCUAUUUCCGAGCCCACCUCUGUUCUGGACGCUGUAAGAAGCCCAAGCACUCUCACUACCUCCUCAUCCACGCUGUCUUCCUCUCACGGUGGAAACAACUGCGGCGGAGGCGGCGGUGGCGUCCCCGCAGUUUCCGUUAACCCCGCCGCCUCGGAUGAAAAAUCUGGAGAGAUGGGCGUGGAGGAGUGGGACAACGUACUUCCUGGUUCGCCUAGCCACGAACAUAGCAUCCUCAGACUGAUCAUGGGAGAUUCCGAAGACCCAUCUAUCGGAUUGAAUAAGAUCCUUCAGACAUCAACUGCGUUUCAAUCUGGGCCGAGUUCUGAGUUCAGUGCCGUCGGAUUUGGGGUAUUGGAUCCUGGUUUCGGGUUAGAGGCGGCGCCAGUGUCCGCAGAUUCUCUCUGUUCAUCAGGUUUUUCCGUCGACAUCGCUCCGACAACCAACCCGCUGCUCCCGCCGUCUGUUCCGCCAUUGUUUCCGACCCAUGAAACGUUCAAAGGUCUGGACGAGAAGCCUCAGGUCAUAAUAAACCAAAACCAAGUCCAUUUCACGCAAAACCCGCCCAUGUUCAUGCCUGUGCCCCACGGGCUGUUCCAAGAUCAUAACUUUCCGGUGUCUCCUCCGCCGGCGAAGCGGCUGAACUCUGGUCCGAUGGCACCGCAGCAGGAGAUCAUCGAACAGCUGUUCAAGGCGGCGGAGCUGAUAGAGAGCGGCGGCGAUCCGGCUCUCCUUCAGGCGAUAUUGGCGCGGCUCAAUCAACAGCUCUCUUCCCCUUUCGGUAAGCCCUUCCAAAGGGCUGCUUUCUACUUCAAAGAGGCUCUCCACAAGCUUCUGAACAACAUCUCCUCUCCUUCCUCCUCCUCUUCUUACAGUCUCAUCUUCAAGAUCGGCGCUUACAAAUCUUUCUCUGAGAUCUCCCCUGUCCUCCAGUUCGCUAACUUCACCUCCAACCAAGCCCUCCUAGAGUCCUUCCAUGGCUUGGAUCACGUCCACAUCAUCGAUUUCGACAUCGGCUAUGGCGGCCAAUGGGCUUCUCUCAUGCAAGAGCUCGUUCUCCGCGAGAACGGACCUCCGUCUCUGAAGAUCACCGUCUUCGCUUCUCCGGCGACCCACGACGAGGUGGAGCUAGGGUUUACCCAAGAGAAUCUCAAGCAUUUCGCUUCAGAUAUCAACAUCUCCUUCGAGAUCCAAGUCCUGAGCUUGGAUCUCCUCAACUCAGUCUCGUCGUGGAAUCCGCCGGAGAGAGAGGCCGUUGCCGUCAACCUCUCUUUCUCCAACAUCCAGUCGUACCUGCCAUCCGUCCUGCGUUUUGUGAAGCAAGUGUCGCCGACCAUCCUUGUCUGCUCCGACAGGGGAUGCGAAAGGACGGAUCUACCCUUCCCGCAGCAGCUCGUCCACUCUCUGCAAUCCCACGUCGCCCUUCUCGAGUCCAUCGACGCCGUCAACGCCAACCUCGACGCGAUGCAGAAGAUCGAGAGGUUCCUGAUCCAGCCGUCGAUCGAGAAGCUGGUAGUGAAUCGCGGCCGUUCGAUCGAUCGGAGGGUACCGUGGCAAGCCAUGUUUAUGCAGAUGGGAUUCUCGCCGGUAACUCACAGUAACUUCACGGAAUCUCAGGCGGAGUGCUUGGUUCAGCGGACGCCGGUGAGAGGAUUUCACGUGGAGAAGAAGCAGAACUCUCUCGUUCUCUGUUGGCAGAGGAGAGAACUCGUCGGAGUUUCGGCCUGGAGAUGUCGGUGCUGAUCGCCGGCGGCGAUGAACCUUCUCCCAACAAAUUAUAAAUUUUUUUUUAAUUUUAUUAUUUAAUCAAUUGUAAUUGUCGGUCUUGUUGUGGUCCAUGACAUUCUUAAAUUACAUCGUUGUUUCGGUUAUUAUAUGAUCCAAAUUCUUAAAUUA